GCUGCUGCUCCGCUCCUGGAUUCCUCAAGGCUUGGACUGCACACCAUGAAGGGUUAACUGCCUCCCCUAGGGGCUCCACAGCUGAUCCUGUCUGCAGUGGGUCUCCUCGUCCUGCCUGGAGGGCGUCCCCUUCCCCAUCCUGCUUGGAGUGGGCACCAGGGGGUCUACUCGUCCUGCCUUCAGGGGGUCCGCUCGCCAUCCUGCCUGGACUGGGCACCAGGGGGUCCGCUCCCCAUCCUGCCUGGACUGGGCACCAGGGGGUCCGCUCCCCAUCCUGCCUGGACUGGGCACCAGGGGGUCUCAUCGUCCUGCCUGGAGGGGGUCCACUCCCCAUCCUGCCUGGAGUAGGCAGCGGGGGGUCUCCUCGUCCUGCCUUCAGGGGGUCUGCUCCCUAUCCUCUGACAUGUCUGGCGCUCUGUGUCGGAGUCUCUACGCCUUUUCUGGAGACCAGCACCAACAAGGGCUGAAGUUCGAGGCCGGGGAGGUGAUCAGCGUCCUGCAGGUGCUGGAGGGGGGCUGGUGGGAAGGCGAGAAGGACGGCGUGCGAGGAUGGUUCCCCGCCAGCUACGUGCAGAUCCUGGAGAAACCAGGUAUGAUGAACCCACAGAGAAUAGAAGAUUCAAGCCAUGGUCCUCUACCCCAGGGCUGGCAGUGUUAUAUGUCUCCACAGGGUCGUAGGUACUAUGUGAACACCAACACAAAUGAGACGACAUGGGAAAGGCCGAGCACCUCGCCUGUGAGCGUCAGAAGUCCGAUAGUGAAGAAGACGUCGCUGCCUGCAGUAAACGGAUUUCACUCCUCGGGAUCUCCUUUACAUCAGCAGGAUACUGGUCAUGUGACCAUCCGAAAACCCAGCAGUGACCCCCAGAGUCCCGGGUCCCCGUCGCCCACCAGAAGGCAGUCCAAGGAGACGACCAUCACGAUAAACUGUGUGACGUUCCCCCACCCUGACACCAUGCCGGAGCAGCAACUGCUGAAGCCCGGAGAGUGGAGCUACUGCGAUUAUUUCUGGGCAGAUAAAAAAGAUCCACAAGGAAACAGCUCGGUGACCGGAUUUGAAGAACUCCUCCAGAAACAGCUUAAAGGAAAACAAAUGCAGAAGGAGAUGGCAGAAUUCAUCCGUGAACGGAUCAAGAUUGAGGAAGAAUAUGCCAAAAAUUUGGCAAAACUGUCCCAGAAUUCUCUGGCGUCACAAGAGGAAGGGACCCUGGGGGAAUCUUGGGCCCAAGUCAAGAAAAGUCUCGCAGACGAAGCCGAAGUUCAUCUCAAAUUUUCCUCGAAGCUACAGAGUGAAGUGGAGAAACCCCUGCUGAACUUCAGAGAGAACUUCAAGAAGGACAUGAAGAAGUUCGACCACCACAUAGCGGACUUACGGAAGCAGCUCGGCAGCCGAUACGCCUCUGUAGAGAAGGCUCGGAAAGCUUUGGCCGAGAGACAGAAAGAUCUGGAAGUGAAAACGCAGCAACUGGAAAUAAAACUGAGCAACAAGACUGAAGAAGACAUUAAGAAAGCACGGAGGAAGUCGACACAAGCAGGAGAUGACCUCAUGAAAUGUGUGGACCUCUACAACCAAGCACAAUCCAAGUGGUUUGAGGAGAUGGUGACAACCACCUUGGAACUGGAGAGACUGGAAGUUGAGCGGGUGGAGAUGAUCCGUCAGCACCUCUGUCAGUACACACAACUACGGCACGAAACAGACAUGUUCAACCAAAGCACGGUGGAACCCGUGGACCAGCUGCUCCAGAAAGUCGAUCCUGCCAAAGACAGGGAAUUAUGGGUGAAAGAGCACAAGACGGGCGACAUCCGGCCCAUUGACAUGGACAUAUAGACUGUUUUUGAUGUAUUUUUGCCAAUUCCUAGGUUUGGAGAGUUCUUUAUAUGGCUGCCACUCCGGGGACAUUCUACAUUGCUGUAAAGUAUACAAGGUCAUUCCUUGCUGUGCUAAAAAAAAUCUAUAUUUUUUGGAACAUGGGACACUGGGAUUUGUCUGUUCGUGGUUCCAUGAAUGCAGAGUUGACUGGCCUCAUGUGUUGUUUCACACGUGGUGCCAACCAGCUUGGCUUCUUGGCAGAGGACGUCAUAAAGCUUGUGCCACACUGGAUAUUGCUGCAUAAAUACUGCAUAAUACCAGUACAUGUAUAAAAUAACGUAAAGUAACAGAAACACUAUAUACAUAAAACUAUAUGAAUUAUUUUUUUUACAGAGAGAUGGCCCCCAGGGUGACACCUCAAAUUUAGGGCAUCCAUAAAACAGGUACAAUGACACCCACAUCAUCUCCCUCACUCUUGGACGAGAAAGGUCACAUGAUACCAAGACAUUUGGGAAAUGGUGACAUUAAAACAAUGUACUAAAUUAUGUUAGGCAAAGCAGCUACAAAGACCAUGUCCCCUCGGUGCCACCUUGUGGUCGAUUACUAUGAAAAAAUAAAGCUCUGUAAAACUUUAUGGUUAAUUUUCCAGUGGCUAUAACUGAUGUUUCAGCAGAACUUUCCCCCAUUCCACCUCCUCGACUCAUCAGGUUCAUAUGAUUCCCCCAUAUUAUGGCUACCUGUGUAAAUUCUCACCCCUCCUUUCCUAUGUAUUAUAGCAGAUUUCUAAGGCCUGACCUCUGCCCCAGUCUGACGCCCGCUCCUCCCCCACACGCCUUUCACCCC